CCCGGCCGGUCCCGUGCUCCGUGUCGUCUCGUCCCCCCCGUGGUGCCCUCCGUCUUGUCCCUCCGCCGCCCACAGCCGUCAUGCGCGAGUGCAUCUCCGUCCACGUCGGGCAGGCGGGCGUCCAGAUGGGCAACGCCUGCUGGGAGCUGUACUGCCUGGAGCAUGGCAUCCAGCCCGACGGCCAGAUGCCCAGCGACAAGACCAUCGGCGGAGGGGACGACUCCUUCACCACCUUCUUCUGCGAGACCGGGGCGGGCAAGCACGUGCCCCGCGCCGUCUUCGUGGACCUGGAGCCCACCGUCAUCGAUGAGAUCCGCAACGGUCCCUACCGCCAGCUCUUCCAUCCCGAGCAGCUCAUCACGGGCAAGGAGGACGCCGCCAACAACUACGCCCGCGGCCACUACACCAUCGGCAAGGAGAUCAUCGACCCGGUCCUCGAUCGCAUCCGCAAACUGUCGGACCAGUGCACGGGCCUGCAGGGCUUCCUGGUGUUCCACAGCUUCGGGGGCGGCACGGGCUCGGGCUUCACCUCCCUGCUGAUGGAGCGUCUGUCCGUGGACUACGGCAAGAAGUCCAAGCUGGAGUUCUCCAUCUACCCGGCGCCGCAGGUGUCCACGGCGGUGGUGGAGCCGUACAACUCCAUCCUGACGACGCACACCACCCUGGAGCACUCGGACUGCGCCUUCAUGGUGGACAACGAGGCCAUCUACGACAUCUGCCGCCGCAACCUGGACAUCGAGCGGCCCACCUACACCAACCUCAACCGGCUCAUCAGCCAGAUCGUGUCGUCCAUCACGGCCUCGCUGCGCUUCGACGGGGCCCUCAACGUGGACCUGACCGAGUUCCAGACCAACCUGGUGCCCUACCCGCGCAUCCACUUCCCGCUGGCCACCUACGCCCCGGUCGUCUCGGCCGAGAAGGCCUACCACGAGCAGCUGUCGGUGGCCGAGAUCACCAACGCCUGCUUCGAGCCGGCCAACCAGAUGGUCAAGUGCGACCCCCGCCACGGCAAGUACAUGGCCUGCUGCCUGCUCUACCGCGGCGACGUGGUGCCCAAGGACGUCAACGCCGCCAUCGCCGCCAUCAAGACCAAGCGCAGCAUCCAGUUCGUCGACUGGUGCCCCACGGGCUUCAAGGUGGGCAUCAACUACCAGCCGCCCACCGUGGUGCCCGGCGGCGACCUGGCCAAGGUCCAGCGGGCCGUCUGCAUGCUGAGCAACACCACCGCCAUCGCCGAGGCCUGGGCCCGCCUGGACCACAAGUUCGACCUCAUGUACGCCAAGCGGGCCUUCGUCCACUGGUACGUCGGGGAGGGCAUGGAGGAGGGCGAGUUCUCCGAGGCGCGGGAGGACAUGGCGGCCCUGGAGAAGGAUUACGAGGAGGUGGGGAUCGACUCGUACGAGGACGAGGACGAGGGCGAGGAGUAGACGCGCUCCCGACGGACCGGCCCCGGCCCCGUCCCCCGCCCGCCCGCCCGCCCGCCUCCGCCGC